CUGGUCCUGUUAACGUAUUUACAGUCCCGCCAUUGCCGCUACUAGGCGGGCGUUCCAUUUUUCAUUUUCAAAAUCUGAACUUUCCUUCAACCCCUCGCUCAAACGCAGACAAAUCGAUUGCUUACUAUAGCAGAAGUUCAUUCAGAAUGGAUGCGACGGUGAUAACUUCGGCUAUUAUACGAAUCAGGUAAUUAGACCUCCAUGACAUUCAAGACAUUGUAGAAAACCUAAAUCUGGUUCCCGUAAGAUAUUAUUGUUUAUUCAAUGGCAAAACGAAGAGCUAAGAAAAAUGUGCCAAAAGCAUCUACAACGCGUCCCAGCAAUUCAAAUGAUGCACAUAAAGAGCCUAAGGCUGAUAUGCAAGAAGAUGCAUUAAGGGAUCAUGAAGUUGAACGCCAAAUUGCUGCCACUAGAGCAAUUCGUGAUUUGGAGACUGAACGCCUUCUAACUGGGUUGAGAUUGCUUCGCUCAAAUUUCAGUGAGGAACAGCUGCAAACCCCUAUACUGCAGUUCUUCAAGGAAAAUUUACCAAAUCUGUCGCUGGUAAGAAAUAACAAGGAUGGACAAUUUGAAGUGGAAUGGAAGGAUAAAGAUGGGAACUUGUUUAUGAGCCACACAGAUGAAAGAAACUUACAUGCAUCUAUUUUACAACGGAUGUCCAUGUCUUAUCCGGAUUUCGCUGGUGUAAUCCCAAAUUUUGGUGGCUUUGAAUUUUCAUCGAAAGCUGUGAAAACAGACCUUUUUAAUUCUGCAAAAUCGCAGAUUCCAGACUAUGUUUUGGAGGAGCAGUCAGAUACUCAGAUGCUUGGCUUACAAGAUGCCUUCAGAACCCCUGGGGUGAGUACCCAAAGGUUGUCUGUUGGUAUGACCCCUAAAACUCUGAGGCUACCAAAGCCUGGUGAAAUGCUUUUAUCUGUUCGUGGCUCGCCUCUUGGAGUUUUCAAGGAAGAUAACAUGGAAGCCAUACAUGAAUCAGAAGAAGGUUGACUGAUUUGGACUUCUUCCAGUUAGACAGUGGCUCUGCAAUACACAUUGCAUGUCAUCUCAAGCUGAUCUUGGGGAUUCUCACUCCAUUGCACCAUAACUUAACAUGUACACAUUGUCAUGGAGCACCGACUCUGAACAAAGAUAUGACAAUGUACAAUUUGAUGUCGUAAUAUAUUUCAGAUCUUACUGUCUGUUUGAGUAUUAAAGGUACAUGUGCAUGCACACAUAAUAUUUUUC